UGCGGGCCACCGCAGCAGCAGCUUGUAACGCGGACUACUCUGUAGAAUAAUGGCCAAACGGCGUUGGGCUAAAAGUGUAGAUACUUGAUAAAGAAAGAAUAUAAUUGCAAGAGAAAUUAAGUAAUUUCUGCACAGUGCGGUGACUACUAGAAAAUUUUCUAAGAUUUUAUUGAAUUUCUUUUUGUUUUUGUGCAAGCGCAUUCGUUUUUUGGUGAGAAAAUCGGUGUGCGGUGCUUGAAGAAAUUAACAUUUUGUGGAAAAUUUUGUGAAAGAAGCGCUUUGCAGGCGUAUUUCGGUCAAAAACUAACAAUAGCAUGAAAAAUUAACUUAUUUUGAGGAUACUUGAAAUCUAACCAUUUACCCAAACAACUGAGUUGUCACCAAUGCACUCAGUCACUUCCCCAGCUUCGUGAGCACCAUAUUGAGUACGAAACACUAUGCAACGAAUAAACCGUCGAUAUCACUCAACCAGCCGAGAGCAGAGCUGCCAUGCCUUCCAGUGAAAAGCUCCCAUAAAAAGCUACGGCCGGUACGAACAAAACAACAAAAACAACAGCUGUAACAAAAAAAUAAACAAACAAACAACGAAGUGAUGCCGAGCCUCCCACCCGACGCAGACGCGCCAAACGCCAUAUAGCAGAAUAACUGCGUGAGAGAGUACACACCUGCAUGCGCCGCAUCAGCUGCGCCGUAAACUAUGCUAUAAUAAACGAACAUUGCACACGCCAGCAGCAGCAGCCAACGACAGUGCUGAGCGCCGAACGCCGCGACACUACAAUAUGAGUACGCGAACAGUGUGGAACGUCUAAACGGGCAAGCCGCGCACAGCAGCGUGCUGGUGAAAAAAAUGUUGCAAGUAUAAUAAAUAGUGCAAACCAAACAAAAACCAGCAAAGGAAAAAAUAAUUUGCAGAAAUAUAAAAAAAAAAGAUUUUCUGCAAGUAGAAAAUGCUUUUAAAGUGAAUUUCUUGUGGAAGAAAACGCAAACAAAUUGUGCAAAGUGCUGCAACUAUAAAUAAAACAAAGCAGUAACAGUGUGUGCUGUAUGCGCGUGUGUAUGUGUGCUUUUGCAUAACGCCUAAAAGUGUGCUAAAGGCUGAGGCGUAAGCCAGAAAAUUUUGUAACCAAAAAGGCGAAAAGUCCAAGUAAAAUUGUGCAAAGAAAAUGUGGCAAAAGUGAAGUGAAAUUUUUUCUACUGAGCUGCUGCUCAGUGUGUAUGUGUAUGUGGCGUGCGUGUGUGUGUGUGUGUCUGCACGCUGACAGUGCAGCACCGCGACAUUAAACGCGGCGGGUGGCCAGUGUACGCCGUGCGCUGUCUACGCGUGUAAACGCCACGCAACGAGAAAAUAAGCAGAAGCCCCUCAGCGCUUUGGAGAGCAGAACUUACCAAAAAUAAUCUUGAAGGAGUAUAGUAUAGAAAAUAAAAUAUAAAAAAAAAUAUAAAAUAAGUGAAGUUAAGAAAUAAACAAACUAGACGCAAAAAAUACGUUGUUUACAAAAAAGCUGGAAAUAAUAAAUAAAUAGGAAAUAAAAGUAAUUAAUUUGAAUAAAAGUAAUUAAGUGAAAUUAUAUGCAACAAAGUAUUAAGCAAAUUAAAAAAGCAACAAAAAAUUAAGAAGCAAAUUUAAUAAUAAAAAAUAAGGAAACUGUAAGUAAAUAUAUAUUCAUAAUAAAUAAGUAUUUGAAGUAGUGAAAUGACUAAGAAAAAUUUCGCUUUAUCUACAAAAUAAUUAAACGAGCGUUAUAAAACACUUUUUUACACGCAAAAACAGUGUAUGGAAGUUGCAAAUCAAGCUAAAAUUUCAAAAUUAAAUAAAUAAUUUAAGCAAUUAAGGUUUGAAAAAAAUAUUUAACUGCUGCUGCUGAAAAUUUACCGAAGCUACUUUAAAUGCAAAACCUAACAAUAAUUUCGAAAAUCACAGCAUACUUUUCGGCUGCGCAACCACUCAAAUUACCGCUACUUAUAGGAAAAAGCUAGAAAUGGAAUUCAAACGCUAUUUAAAACAAGAAAAUUCGAAAUGAAGUAAUAACUGAAAAAUUUCUGCUAAAGUUAUUUGUUUUAGGAAGAAUUUGCAACAAAAAGCACGCCAAAAAAUUUGAAAAAAAAAACAAAAAAUAACAUUAGACACACAUUCAAAGAGCAACGAUUAUAACGGUUUAUCAGCAACUUAGUAUACAUAUUAAAUUAAAAUCAAUUAAAAUAACAUAAAAAGAAUUUAAAGAAAAUUAAAGUAUUACACAAAAUCAGCGAGAAGCAUAAAUAAUAUACAUAUAUACAUAUACAUACGCAUUCAAAGAGAAAUAUAUAUAAAUAUAUAUAUAAUAUUCAAAAAUUAAAUAAGCAACUUAGUGAAAUUCAAACAAAAAAAAACCAAAAACACACAAGUUCAUGCCACUAGCAGUUGUAUCAAUGUUGCAGCAACAAAAAUGUUUAGAAACAUUGGACGAGCAGCAGCAGCAAAAAAAUCAAGCAACAGCGGUAGCUGAAGUAGGCAGCACUCAGCGUCAAUACGCAGAAACACGGCUUAUAAACGCCGCUUUCGACGCCACUUGUAAGCAGGAACAACGCACAGCUUGGCAACAUGUUACCGCAACAAAACAACAACCCCAACAGCAAGUUAGUAGCGAAAAAAGCUUACGCGAUACUACUAAUCUACACAAUGUUGGGAUAACAGAUAAAUGCAUGCUAAAUGCGGCCGCACGCCAACAGACACAUGUGGCCAGCAACAUUACACACACCACAAACAGAAACGUAGCAACAUUGGUUGAGCACACCGAAGCCAAUGUGGCAUUAGAAAAAGUAUUAAAUAAAUCAAAACAACAAACAGAAACGCUCCAUGUGGCAAAUAGCAUUGGCAAUAAAGUGCUUAGCAACAUGUUGCCGCAACAUACAACGCUGGCGCGUUUGAAGACGAAACGUGCGCGCCACCAAAGUGUUGCCGCGGUGCAAAGUGCUGAGAAGCGUGCAAAAAUUGCCAACGCCAAAGCGAAGGCAACAAAAUUAAAUACAACAACAAUAAUAACAACAACAACAAAUCAAAGCACACAAAGUGCAGCAAUGUGCGAAAUAGCCGCGCCUACGGGCGAGCCGUCGGUCAAGCAACAACGCCAACACCAACACCAUAACACCGAAAAGACGAUAGAUUUCAAUAGUCGACGGCGACGCGGACGCCUAAGGGCUGCCAAUAUGCAUAACGCUGUCUGUGGUAAUGGUCUAACGGCCAGCGUGUGUCGCGCGCUGAUGUGGCUGGCCAGAUAUUUGGAAAAGGUUGCGCACAAUCGUGCUAGCGCCGGCUACGAUCAAAGUGAUCCCUUGCUAUACUUGUUAUCGGUGUUGUUAUCGUUAAUCGUUGUUAAUGUAAAUAGAGUUGCCAGUUUAGUGAAUGAAUACAAAUGUGAAGUGAAUAGCAAUGCGUUGGCAAACACUAAUAAUAAAGUAAACACCAACAACACCACCAACACACCAAACACCAACAGCGCUAAAAAUAAUAAAAAUCUCCAAAUCAUUACCAAUCAGACCAUUGAGUUGGUUAGCGAGUCUACCGAAGAUGCUGGCAGCGGUGCUGAGUUGUUGCAAUUGCCGGAAAUUGGUGACGUUAACGAGGAGGUGGAGGAGGAUAAAAUCUCCGUAGACGCGCUUGAGUCUGAGUCCGAGUCCGAGCAAGUGGCUAAAGCGAAAAACAAUAACAAAAUAAACGCACAAAAUACAGUUAUGACGCUUGACCGCAACGCGUUGGCGCUCACCGAACGCGCCGGCUUAAUGACCGCAAGAAGUGCAACGAAGCGUGGCAAGUCCAAUUGCGCAGCAAACGCGCAUGCCAGCGCCACAACAAAACCAACAGCAGGCGGCACAAGCAAAACAUUUGUGGCCAUGCAAAUGCAGUUACUCUUCUAUGCCUUCAUCUUAUGCACAUCCAUAUUACUUCCAAGCGGCAAUAAUUUGGUGGCCGCAGCCAAGCCGAAAUCCGCUACGCAAUUGCAGCAACAAAAGCUAUUGCAACAACAACAGUUGCUAUUACAGCAGCAGCAGCAACAGCAGCAACAGUAUGAGCAUCAGCAUGGUCAUCAGGCUCAUCAACCGGCUGCCGGUCCGAAUGGUGGUUUCGGUACGCUUGGCGGUUAUGCUAGUGCCGGCAUACCCGUCGCUUCCGGCGGCACGGCUGGUGCCGAUUUGACACCGCCAACCUAUCAGGUCGUUUCAUCGCGCGCAUCGAAUGAGCAGGCGGAAUUCAUAUUCCCCGCUGAUCAAUCGGACGAGCAAGUCUUCGAUCAGGAGAAUUUGAAUGUGGUGGAAUUGGAUGAUGACGACGAUGAUGAGGAGGAGGCGGGCCUGAAGAAAACGUACGGAUUGCAUGACAACGGUAAGUCAGUAUAAUAGUAGUCAGUAUUAUUUAGGGUGGU